GAUGGGGGGCAAAGAGAAAGGAGUUUGGUUUCCUGUAUUUUCUUCCCAGGGGAAGAAGCCAUUCUGCUUAUUCGCCAAUCCUCCGACAAAACAAAAACGAACGGGAAACGCAGGAGAGACCCCAUCACCCUCGCGCCUCCUACAUAUUAGACUAGGUAGCAAUUGCCAUCGCGUUACCAUGGCAUGGGCAGACGAUCCCUCCCGAGAAACAAGCCAGCAUUCAAGACAAAGGAGCGGAACGAGGGAAGAGAAGAGAAGGGGGAUUGGUGAAAGAGAGAAAAAUGAGAGAGAAAAAAAAAUGAGAGAGAACAAAUAUUGAACAAGGAAAAAAAAGAAAAGCAGGUGAGAUACAGGCUGUUUCAAAAGACCAGGCAAGAUUCGGGUUCGCCUUUCUGUCUGAUGCGCGCGUGGCGGGAGGAGAAAUAGAGAGGGGGGGCUCAGAAAGUAGUGGACGAACGGGACGGGGCGGGUUAGACCGGCGUUGGGCAUCGCGUACCUACUUUACCGUACAUCCAGCAGGAAUUCGACAUACAAAGAUCACUUACUCUGUCC